AUGGAGAAGCUGGUCAGCCAGGUUCUCCUGGUCCAACUGGAGAGUCCGGACCUUCUGGACCACCAGGCAAACGGGGGCCUCCUGGACCAGCUGGACCAGAGGGCCGGCAAGGAGAGAAAGGAGCCAAGGGAGAAUCAGGGGUCUCCAGGAAAACCCGGCUCUGAGGGUCUCAGGGGCAUUCCUGGCCCAGUUGGUGAACAAGGUCUUCCUGGUUCCCCAGGGCCUGAUGGCCCCCCUGGACCAAUGGGGCCUAUCGGUUUACCUGGCAUGAAAGGAGACUCAGGUGUUAAAGGUGAAAAGGGCCAUCCUGGUCUCAUUGGUCUCAUAGGACCUCCUGGUGAACAGGGAGAAAAGGGUGACAGAGGUCUUCCUGGACCUUCUGGAACGUCCGGUCCAAAAGGAGAUAAUGGUAUCAACGGUCCUCCUGGUCCUCUUGGUCCGAUUGGUCCACCUGGAUUACCUGGCCCCCCUGGUCCCAAAGGUGCAAAGGGAUCAUCUGGUCAAACAGGUCCUAAGGGAGAAACGGGUACAACUGGGCCACCUGGUCCACCUGGUCCUCCUGGCGAUGUUAUCCAUCCUCUGCCGAUCCAGGGCUCCAUGAAGGGCAGAACACGCAGAAACAUCGAUGCCAGCCAGAUCGUGGAUGAUGCAUCUGUGGACGCCAACUACAAGGACUAUGAUGAUGGAAUGGAAGAGAUCUUUGGAUCACUGAACUCUUUAAAACUGGAGAUAGAGCAGAUGAAGCAUCCAUUGGGAACGCAAGCCAACCCAGCACGGACCUGCAAGGACCUCCAGCUCUGCCAUCCUGACUUCCCUGAUGGUGAUUAUUGGAUUGAUCCAAACCAGGGCUGCUCUCGAGACUCCUUCAAGGUGUAUUGCAACUUCACGGCAGGAGGAGAAAGCUGCAUAUUCCCAGACAAAAAAUCUGAAGGGGCUAGGCUUACAUCCUGGGCAAAGGAGAAUGCUGGUUCCUGGUUCAGUGAAUUCAAACGUGGUAAACUGAGCAAAAUGGCAAAAUGGCCCAAAGACUCACCAGGCUCAUGGUAUAGUCACUACAAGAGAGGUUCCCUGCUCUCGUACGUGGACGCAGAGGGAAGCCCCAUCGGAGUCGUCCAGAUGACCUUCCUGCGGUUACUGAGUGCGGCAGCGAGACAGAACCUGACGUACAACUGCCACGAGUCGGUGGCGUGGCACGAACAGGGAAAGGACAAUUACGACAAGGCCAUCCGCUUCCUGGGCUCCAACGAUGAGGAGAUGUCAUACGACAACAACCCAUACCUGCGCGCCAUCGUCGACGGCUGUGCUUUGAAAAAGGGCUACGAAAAGACAGUACUUGAGAUCAACACACCCAAAGUGGAACAAGUGCCUUUUGUGGAUAUUAUGUUCAAUGACUUCGGGGGCCCCAUGCAGAAGUUCGGAUUUCAAGUGGGUCCCGCCUGUUUCGUCGGCUAA